AGUUCGGUAACAUUUCGGUAUCGUUGCUCCAGCUUGCUCCAGCUGUAAAGUAAUCUCAUUGAUAACUUCUUUGAGAAGCUAUUGUGUUCAUUUUUCUGUAAUAUUGUACUAUAUAUUAUACAUAUUAUAUUACAUUUAUAUUUUAUAUUAUAAUGCCACUUCAAGUAUCAACCAAAGAAAAUGUUUGUAAGAAUCACGAGAUUGUAUUUUACAAGGAUAAAGCAUCUCCAAAAAAGUUGUGUACCUCGCCGAUUAUUUCUCAAGAUAAUGGUAUAAGAAAUUUAAUGGUUAAGACAGAAGCUGUCAGAAAAUUGCAAUUAAAAGAAAAUGAAUUCAACCCAGAAUUAGAACCAUUGUUGAAGGAAAAUCCACGUAGAUUUGUUGUCUUUCCUAUUCAGUGGCCUGAUAUUUGGAAAAUGUACAAGAAAGCAGAAGCAUCAUUUUGGACCGUAGAAGAAGUAGAUCUUUCUAAGGAUACAUUUGAUUGGGAUCGUUUGAAUACCACUGAAAAACAUUUUAUAUCCCAUGUAUUAGCAUUUUUUGCAGCCUCUGAUGGAAUUGUCAAUGAAAAUUUAGUCGAACGAUUUAGUCAGGAAGUGCAAAUAACGGAGGCGCGUUGCUUUUACGGUUUUCAAGUGGCUAUGGAAAAUGUGCAUUCUGAAAUGUACUCAUUGUUAAUUGAAACAUACAUUGCAGAUGCCAACGAAAAACUUUUUGUUUAAGAUGCCAUUGAGAAUUUACCUUGUGUGCAAAGAAAGCUAGAUUGGCAUUAAAUUGGAUAAAUCAGGAAACCUGCCACCUUUCCUGAACGUGUAGUUGCGUUUGCUGCAGUAGAAGUAUCUUCUUUAGGUGUAGUUUUGUCUGCUAUUUUCUGGUUAAAAAAAAGAGGCCUUAUGCCAGGACUUACAUUUAGUAAUGAACUUAUUUCUAGAGAUGAGGGGUUACAUUGUGAUUUUGCAUGUUUAUUGUUUAAACACAUUGUACAAAAACCGUCAGUUGAGCGAGUUACAUCAAUUAUUAAAGAUGCCGUUGAGAUUGAACAAGAAUUUUUAACGGAUGCGUUACCUGUUGAAAUGAUUGGCAUGAAUUGUAAACUUAUGUGUCAAUAUAUCGAAUUUGUUGCAGAUCGAUUACUCGUGGAAUUAGGUUGCCAGAAGAUAUAUAUGUCUGAAAAUCCGUUUGAUUUUAUGGAACAUAUCUCUUUAGAAGGUAAGACAAACUUUUUUGAAAAAAAAGUUGGAGAAUACCAAAAAUGGGGAGUCAUGCAAGACAAAAUUGAAAGUAAUUUUACACUGAAUGCUGACUUUUAAUAUAGCAUUCCUUUUUUAGUUUUUUGAUUUAUUAGGACUGAUUAUUUGACAAAUAUUAGUAGUAUUUACAAUUUUUUUACAUUUUGACGAUAAUAUUUAUAAUUAACAACAUCGGAACAAUGUUUCUUUUGUUUUGUACUUCUUGUUGAGUUAUUGAUUGAUAUACAUCACGGCAUUGUUUUGCAAAUUAUUAGAUUUAUUGUUCAAUUGAUUUUACUUUGAAGCAAUUUUACGUUAAGAAUUGAAAAUUCAAUGAAAUAACUUGAAUCAAUUUGUACAUAGAAUACACAAAAAUUUGUGUCAAAAACGAAUGUUUAAUGAUCGAGACUAUAAUAAUAGUUCAGUAUUUGUGUAAGAUUUUUGUACAUACUUAUACACAUAAUUUAAUGACAUCAAAUUUAUAUUGUAAGGGACAUAUAAUAACGGUUAUAAUAAAAAAUGAUAAGGAUUUCUCCUAUUAAA